AUGCAGAAACGUAACCUAUUCCAGCAAUAUUUCAACGACGGCGUCAAUCUCAUCAAGAAUGCCGUUGCUAUGGAUAAUGCCGGCCAGUACGAGCAAGCAAAGAAUUAUUACAAUCAAGCUGCUGCCAAGUUUAACUUGGCCAAGAAGCAAGCAGGCCCACAAACAUCCGAAAACCUUCUCAACAAGGCUACAGAACACGCCGAACGUUGCACUAAGAGAGCAUCUGAGUUAGAUAAUAUACAACCAGCGGCUCCUUCAGCAGCCGGAGGAUCCAGCGGUGCAGCCCAAGCCUCUAAGCCGAGCAACAAGAAGCAAGGCGGCGGCGGUGGAGGCGGCGGCAAGGAUGGCAAAGAAAACGACGAAAACAGCGAAUUCGAAAGUCGUAUGGCAAGCGCCAUCCUUGUUGAAAAGCCAAACAUCAAGUGGGAAGAUGUUGCUGGUCUUAACGAAGCUAAGCGUUCUCUUUACGAAGCUGUCAUUUAUCCAAUCAGAUUUAAACAGUUCUUCGUCGGUGAGCGUACCCCAUGGAGAGGUAUUCUUCUUUACGGCCCACCAGGUACAGGUAAAUCCUACUUAGCUAAGGCUACAGCUUCCGAAGCAAAUAACUCCACAUUCAUUUCUAUUUCUACAUCCGAUCUUGUUUCCAAGUGGCUCGGUGAAUCCGAAAAGCUUAUCCGUGCUCUUUUCGAUACAGCCCGUAAAUCUGCUCCAGCCAUUAUCUUCAUCGAUGAAGUCGAUUCACUCCUCAGUGAACGUAGCGAAAAUGACUCUGAAUCAUCCCGCCGUAUCAAGACAGAGUUCCUUGUCCAGAUGGAUGGUGUCGGCAAGUCAAUGGAAGGACUUCUUGUUCUUUCCGCUACAAACACACCAUGGAUUCUCGAUCCCGCUGUCAGACGUCGUUUCGAAAAGAAGGUUUACAUUCCUCUCCCAGACUUCGAGGCUAGAAAGGCCAUGGUUACACUCAGAUUGAAGGGAACACCUCACAACAUUACACCAGACCAGGCUGAGAAGAUCGCUCACAUGACAGAAGGCUACUCCGGUGCAGAUAUCAAGAUUCUCUCUCGUGAAGCUUCAAUGCUCGCUAUUAGAAACCUUAUGGAUAAGCAGGAAUGGUUCCGCAUGACAGAACGUGGUACAGUCGAGGCUUGCGCUCCAAACGCUCCAGGAGCAAGAAAGUGGAGCCUCAGAGAUCCAGAUUUCCCAGCUGAUAAGAUCGAAUCUCCACCAGUUAAGUUCGAGGACUUCAAGGAGGCUAUCUGCAAGAUCCACCCAACAGUUUCUCCAGCCGAACUUGUGAAAUACCAGACCUGGACUAACGAAUUCGGUUCUGAAGGCAAUUAA